UUCUUGUAAACGCUUCAGACAAUUCUUUAUAAUCAAUCUCUUUCAAAAUGACUCUCAUCAGCGCCCCAACUCCUCUCAUUCCUCUUUAUCCUUAUCCUUGCAUCCAUUCUCAACCUCAAGAAGAACGCUCUUACUCUCAACCCGUUUCCUCGGGCCUGUCCUGGCUCCACCAGCCAACGGUGACAGCGCCCGAACUCGCUACUACGACUUCUACCACUUCUGCUGUUUCCUCUAACCAGACACGCUCGCAAAAGUACCGUACACUUGCAUCUAUCCGCCUUUACUCCAACAACAGCAACAGCAACUAUUACAAUAAUAAUGAUAACAACAAUAACGAUUGUUCUGUCGCACCUCUUUCGCCUUCAGUCAAACCCACACCUCUUGACAGUCUCUCCCUUGAGCAUCAUAGUAUUACAGUCGCUGCUGAUGUUGCUGCCGCUGUAGGUUUAACAAAGUCAGCCUCCAGCAUCACUAGUGCUAUUCAGGACAUGGACAACAGCCAUGGCACCUGCUUCUUAACCUGGAUCCACAACCCUGCUAAUCUCGAUUAUAUCUCGCUUCGCCUCCGACCGCUUUGUCUCGAAUAUCCUCUUGUGGAUGUGGCAAAUGUUUUACGUUGGAUCGGCGCAGAUUGGUCUUCUGCAGAUUGCAAAGCUCUUUUCAGGGCUGUGACUCAAUCUUGGGAUCAGGGCAAGAGACGCAUGUUGGCCUUCUUGCUUAUCCGAGACGAAGAAAUGAGACAGAAGGCUAAAUCAAAGCUCGUGGAAUUUGCUCAAAAAUCAAGAGCCGCUAAAACCCUUCACCACCAAUACCAGCAGCGCCAGCAUCAGCAUCAACUCCGUCGCCCUAUUCAGCCGCAGCAGCCGCAGUUGCAAUCGCAGCAACAAACUCUUUUUCAGCAACGUGAGCACCAUCUCCAACAACUCCAAUCACCCUCAGCUUUGGCUGAAGACAACUCUGUAGAGGGCAUUGGAGCUGUAGGGGAUGUUGGGGAUGUUGGGGAUGUAGGAGAUGUACGAGCUAAUGCUCCUUCCUCUCUCGAAAUGUCAACCUUGGAGGAAAUUGUAGCCUCUUCUAUCAUCACUGGUAUCGAUAUAUCAGAUGCUAUUUUAUCAUGGCAGUCCAACAAUUCCCGCGUCUCCAAGACAACAGAAACUGCUGCCCGUGGUCUUUAUCAGCACCGCUAUUCUCCCUAUUAGCAAAUACAAUCCCU